GGCCUGUCUGACGUCACGAUGACACCACCGGAAGUUGCGUCAGCUGAUAGCAGGAGAAACACAUCAGCCUCCAGCGAUCAAAGCACAGGAUGUCUGCCUACCCCAAAUCCCACAAUCCUUUCGCCGAUGAUGAUGAUGAAGAGGACUCGAAGCCUCGAAGAGGCUUUAACUUUGAGGACGAUCCGGAGGAGAGUUCGCUGAGUCCGGCGGAGAGACGGCAGAGACAGCUGCAGCAGGAAGUGAUGCGCACAGCGCAGUCGGCCGUGGACAGCAGCCACCGCUCGCUCGGCCUCAUCUACGAAUCGGAGAAAGUCGGAGCCGAGACGGCGGAGGAACUGAUUCGUCAGGGUGAGGCUUUGAAGAGGACAGACAGGAUGAUUGACAACAUGGAGCAGGACAUGAGGACGAGCCAGAGGCACAUAAACACCAUUAAGAGUGUGUGGGGUGGCAUGGUCAACUAUUUCAAAGGCAACCCUGAACCUCCCAAACCUGCUCAAAAGGAGCAGCCCGUGUCCUACGAGGCCAACAGCAGGUUACAGAACGCGCUUGUGGAGAGCAAACAGCAGGAAGACAAAUAUCAAGCCAGCCAUCCCAACCUCAGGAAACUGGACACAUCUGGAUUCGGAGCGUCUGCUUCGCUGGAUAACGGGCCGUCCGAUCAGAACGGGUAUCCCAAGAACACACAUCUACGGGCCGCCCAUCAACAGCUGGACAGUAACCUCGAUGAAAUGUCGAUGGGUCUGGGUCGUCUGAAGAACCUGGGUCUGGGGCUGCAGGCCGAGAUCGACGACCAGGACGUUUCUCUGGACGCUUUGCUCAAUAAGGUCGACACGAUGGACGGCAAGAUCGGCUCCACCAACCGGCAGCUCAAAAACCUCAAAUAGACUCCCAGAGUGAUGUCAUUUCCUGGAGGUGUGGCCGAGGUGAUCCAAAACAUUUCUGGUUUUCUCUCCAAGGGAAGUGUGUGUUUAUGCGUUUGCUAUGCAUAUGAGAAAAGAUUAGAAGAAACAUGGGGUGGUUUAUUAAGAAGUUAAGCACUCAUUUCAAUUCUGCCUUCAGUUAAUCGUCACUUAUUUGAACUGGAUUGUACAUAAGCUUAAAGAUGAAAAUGUUACCUGUAAGAAAAGUAUGUUAGAGCCAUUUCAGUCAAUGCUUUCUGAAUCAACAAAUACCUUGCACUCUUUAACUGAACACAACUGUAAUAUGACCUAGUUUAGAAAUGAUAUUCCCAUGAGAAAUCUGCCUUCAUCAGACACUUUUAUAAUGGUGUAUCCUUGUUUUCCAUGUGUAUAGCACGUGUAUACAGGUUAUCAGAAACAUUUUUGUUUUCAGAUGUCGACUGAUUCUCAUGGCACUGUCGUUGCAUUUCACCACAGUCUAUAGAUGAGUGAGUCACUAUUGUGAAUGCAACCCACAAAAUAUCCUCUAACCUAAGGACGAAUUUGAUAUUUUUCUUUUGUUAUUUUCCUUUUUGGGUAUAUAUUAGGGUGGCUUUGUAUGAAAUACCAGACUGAAAAUCUGUGAACGUUUCACUAUUGUUUCUGCAUCUGUAAAUCAAAUGUUGUACUCCUAUUAAAGCUGAAUGACAUAUGUGAACAUAAAUAAACU